AUGAAACCUAAAGGACUGGUGGAGAUGGUGAAGAGGUGGCAAAGGUUAGCAGUUUUGGCGAGCAAAAGGGUAUUCUUCUCAAGAUCAAUGGUGAGGUUGGUUGCUGGUAAGGGACAUUUUGCUGUCUAUGCUGAAGAUGGGAGACGUUUUGAAGUCCCACUGCUCUUUCUAGGGGAACCCAUCUUCACAGAGCUUCUUAAAAUGGGGGAGAAGGAGUUUGGGCUUGCAAGUGAUAGGCCUAUCAUGCUGCCAUGCGAUGGAGAUUUCUUAGAGUCUGUUCUUUCCAAACUCAGAUAUUGGCACUCUGGACAACCCUUGAAAAGAUUGAAGAAGAAAGCACAGAUCUGCUGGGUUUUGUGA